UCUGAAUGCUUCAGGGUGAUUCUGUCUGCAACAGCGAGAUGAUCUGUGUAUGAAGUGACUCUCAUCUCAUCUUUUACGAUACUUCAAAAUCAUUGCAUGUCGGGUCAAACCAACCUACAUCAUCAAACUGUGUGUGCAUAAGAGACUAAGUUUCAACCGAAAAACAAACUCAACAUGACUAUCACCAUUCAAAACAUCACAGCCACCUCUGCCAUCGUCAGCUGGCCGUCAUCCCCAGGCUGCGUAGACACAUUCUACAGCGUCAUGUAUCACCCUAACUGGAACAGCCUGCUGAUGGGUUACACGCGCAAGAGCUUCCUGCAGGAGGACAGGGUUCCUGUGAGCCAGACAUCCACCAGUCUGGGCAACCUCAGUCCACAGACCACGUACAUCCUCUGUGUCACCUGCCAGUCCGCCAAUCCCACCAGAGAGCAGUGCCAGGUCUUCAGUACUCUAAAUGAGGGCACUGAACUUGGUGAGAGUGGCAGGGAUCUGGCCAUGGGAGUCUGGCUGGCCAGCAGCAUCCUGUUGCUGAUCAUUGCUGUGGCUCUUCUUUGGGGAUGUCUCCACACCAUGUGUCCAGCAAAAAGGGACCCAGAAAGAGGCAGGCAGUCAGGUCCGAACCCUCCACACCUGGCUCUGACCCCCAUGGGUGGGAACAUGGGAAGCGAAGGAAGAAAUAGUCUGUACAUGCCCAGUUGUGGCGGGGAAGACUCUCAGAACGCAACGGUGAUUGAGAAUCCUUUUAGAGCCGAGCACGGCAGAGAAAUGGCAAACGGGCAGGGUUGCGAACUUCGAACACCAAGUAAUAAACAUAGAUUUGGCCCCGGCUCAGAAUAACUAGGACACCAAAUUGUUACUUUGAUGCACUGACCCCAAAAAUUCUAACUAUUAGAACUUACACAAUGAGGACAAUCACCGGGGUUGAAACCAUUUUGAGGAAAUAAGACUCUGACAGUCGAGCUGGGCUGAUGGGGUUAAAUUAGCAUUAAAAUGUCAGAUCACUAACUUAUUAAAAAAGGAAACUGAAGAAGGCCCCUUGGCUUACA